CUUUGUAUCAAGAUGGCGGACGGACUUUGCUGUCUAUCUGUCGGCUAAGAAAAUUAAGAAUGGCUGGAGUUGAAUAGAGAUUAGCUCAAUGAGCUUACGUGGUAUCUGGGUUUUUUCAGCCCUUUUUGAGUCCGACAGUGUCCUGUUUUCUCGGUGUUUUCCUACUGUUGAACGACGAGCAGCUCUACAUCAGGAAGCAAGUAGUUUAACGCCGAUCCCUGGUGAUAAAGAAUUAUGCGAAGCUGUACUUAAAGAGCUGGGAUUUAGGAAAAAGCAAGGAACUUCCCUGGAUGAGUUUGACAAAGAUGUUGAUUCAUGCAACAAGCUUGAACAAAAACCUGUUCAUGAAGUCAGACUGAAGAGUGGUUUCUUAUGGCCAGUUGUUAUAAUUGAAAAGUUUGGUUUGGUAUUCAUGUGUGUACCUUUGGUAGAAGCUGAUCUCUCACAUGGAAAUCCUACCCUCAUUAAAAUGCCUGGUGUGUCCCAAGGAUACUCCUUACUUCACUCCAUGGUUGACUUUGUGGGAGCUUGGACCACUAAGGAGGAGUUACAGUCUAAAAUGAAUGAGCUGUACAAGUUCCUCUGUGUGGCUGCUCCCUUUGGCACUCCAGUGGAUACCAAUUUGGCCACAAUACAGUCACUUGUCAACUUAAAAGAUGUGACUGUGCCCCUAAAAAGCAAGCAACCUGCUUGGAAGCCUGUUCAGUACAAAGGAAAACAACAACUUGUCUUUACUGUAAAAGAAGAGAUCAGAGCUGUUCAGCAUGUGAAAAAACAGGUCCAAGUUGAGCAGCAACUGUUUGGGAUCAUUUUGUGCAGGGCGGACCUGGAGGGGAUCCCAGAAAUCACACUGAACAUCACCUCCUCCACUCUGGAUUUUCUUGUGGUCCACCCCUGUGUGCUUGAGGGAGAUACUCAUGUCCAGAUCCCCUCCUUCCAACCAUCCCAGAUGCUCAAAGGGCCUGAGUUGGUUGGUAGGAAAGUGAGAUUCAGGCCUCCGACAGAAUCAUUUCCUCUGUGUCACUACUCUGCUAAGACUCCUCAUGGCCUUCCAGUUCAAGGGAUAUACCAGAUGCAGGGUGAUGCAAAUUCUGUGCAGAUCUCAGUCCAGUUGAGACUCAGCAACAAAGUCAAGAAUUCAUUUGAUUAUUGUGAAGUUCAUCUUCCCUUCUUUCACAGAGGUCCUGUUGUAAGAUUGGAUUCUGCAGGUCCAUCAGCAGGCAACAUUUUGCUUUCCCCUGAUAAAAGACGCCUUGUGUGGGAUGUAGGUCAGAAGUUUCCUUCCAAAUCCCUUGAAGUCUCUCUGAGUGCUACUAUAUUUUUUGGUGAGAAGAGGCAACAUCAGGCGACGGCAGACGGUCAGCAACCUACCCUUGUAGAGGAUCCCUUCUGUACUGGGAUCAACUCGUAUGCGCAGGUUUAUUUCAAGAUACAAGACUUCACGCUUUCAGGAUGUGCCAUAGAUCCCAGGUCUCUGGUUGUUUAUCCCGGAGGGAAAUUCAAAUUGAACAUCUCAUACGAGUUCUUAUCGGCGGACUACAAGAUAUGGAACACAAAUGGAGACGCCUUGUUCGCAAACCCUCUUCCAAAUGCAGAGUUACAGUGAUGAGGCAUUUUUUUACAAAAUUUUUGUAAUAAUUUAUUUCAUACUUCUACUACAUGUAUAAACUCCCUAAAUACAAGUAUGUUGAUGAAGGUUUUUGAAACUGUAGUAUAAAACUGUAACACGACGACAAUCGAAACUACAAAACGAAUCGUGUUCGUUUCAUUCAAGUUUCUCACUGCAUCAAACAACUUCCACACGAAGUUUCGCGUUUGGAAAAGCCGUUGUCAUUUAGAGUUAGCAUGAAUGAACAACAAUGAUAACAACAUCAAUAUUGAUAAUAGUUGUAACAACACUACUAAUAUUUGGCUUGAUCGCGAGAGGAAGUUUGGUCCUCUGAAGUAUUUUUAAAGAAUUGUUAAAUAAAUAUAAAAUAUAAAACUGAA